AGUUGAUGUCAUUUCAGAUGUCAAACUCAGAUUUUGUCAACAAAUUGUAAAGGGCGUUGCUCAGUGCUUCCAAGCAAUUAUUUUAAAAUUCAAGGAGAAAUGGCCGGGGUUGGGUCCUGCCUCUUAAUUAUAUGCAUUUUAAGCAUUGCCAUUAAUCAUUGCUCGGCAAUAUGGUGCUACCGAUGUACGUCAGCUACCCCGGGCUGCGCAGAAAAGUUUAACUGGCGCGGAAUAGGUUAUUGGGGAGAGCAAUGCCCUGAAGAUAACGACAUUUGCGUCAAAGUCAUUGAGCGGCGUGGCGCCCAACAAACUAUUAUCCGAGACUGCUUGAGUGCCUUACGCGGACCACGAACCGACAUUCCUCCGGAUCAUUACGAAGGAUGCCGGCCGGCCGGCAAGGAUGUUCGCCUCGGCCACUAUGUCAACAACACAAUUAAAGAACUAGACGUGCAUCGGGAUUACUACAACGACGUAACCUUCUGCUUCUGUUUCCUGGAUCACCGCUGCAACGGCGCCGACUCACUGCAGUACAGAUCGCUUUUAGUGCCGCUGACGACGAUCGCGAUUGUUCUGAGCUUGUACAAAUUUACGAGAUUGUAAAUCUAGUUUUAGUAAGUGUUGUGUAAAUCAAAGAGUCGCGCAACAAUUCCGUCCAUUUUCGAAUGUAUUCUGCCUCGAAUAGUGCAUUCCGGUUUUAAAAGUAGCGUAACGGUUCCCGUCCAAAUUCGAAUGUAUUUUGCAAUGAAAGGAAUAUCCCUGUUUUUACAAAAAUAGCGUGUAAGAUAAGAGAAUUGUUUUAUACUACUUGAUAACAAUAAAUUUUUAAAAGACGUGAAA